UCAAAUGGUUUAGCAUUGGCCUUAUAAAGCGGAGGGCUUUUUUUUUUUAAAUUAUUACACUGAGAUAGUUGAACGCUUUGCCAAAUGUUAAUGAUCUAGCAAACUUUCGUCAUGGGCUCGAAGCAAGAGGGCCCAUGUUGGAAUAUGGAAUAAAAUUAUGUAAAGGCGAUGAGUUUUGUUCUUUUAUCAGAAUCAGCUACUAAUCCUCAGUUCUACAAAAACUAUUUGUAAUCAGGAGAUCUAGAUCAUGCCGAGGUCCCGAGAGUCGUUGAACUUUCUUCUAGUAUCAUCUCUUCUCCAAGUCGCAUCAGAUGUCCUCAUCAAGACCGUGCAGUCCGUCACCUCACGCCUCAACCUCACGCUAGAGCACCUCCUCAACCUACACCGCCACGGUUUCUUCCAUUCCUGGAAAGCACAGGAAUGUUGCCAGUGUGACCAACCAUUCAAGAACUCCUCGACCAUCCUCUUAAACCAAGAGUGGAACCUCCUGUUUCAGAAGACUGACGAGGACUGUGAGAAAGCAACACCCAACGUCGGCUGCAGCUGUCGUUUUGAGGCUAGAGGCACCACUGAUCCAGAAACACUCACGAUCAACAUGUCUAGCUGUAUUCUGGAAAAGUCGGAAGCUUUGAAGGACAAUGAAGUGAAGAAUGUCCAGAGAAUACGCGACAUCAACGAGCAACUUGUGCAAGGCAGAGAAGAGGCGAUACUAACGGAAGAAUCGUUCAACUCUUUCACGGAAGACCUCAACAAGGCUCUCCACGACAUGAGUAAACAGUGUGGAGACGAGUAUUACAACGACGUCGUAGAGAAGAUUCAAAGAAUUGACGCCAGUGAACCCAAUGAGGAGGAGGCCAAGAACAUAAUGGAAAGGUUCGACCAAGUCAACCAGGUCAAUCUGAACAAGAAGCCAUUCAACUUGGAGUACCAUCGAGUUGAUUCCAUGAGGUCGGAUAUCUCAGUCUGCGGUUCGGACGAGGAAGAGGAUUUUCCUGAUAACGAUGAGAACAACGAUGACCAAGAAGCUAUAGUCCUGACCGAGAGUCGGAUCCUCAAAGACGCAGAUUACAACUCCGUGGAGGACGUCGAGCUCAGUGAUUUCGAUGACGAAGAAGAUGAGGAAAACGAAUACGGUAAAAUUUUGCAGAGAAUGAGAGAGAAAUACAACUAUCUCAGUGAAAAGUGCGUGGCUGUUGGAAAAGACCUUUCAUGCGUCCGAAAACGAUUGGACGGUUCGUGGUCAGUGUCUGAAUCCAAGGCCCAACCAGAGGAAGUUCUACGACAAGAGUUGAAAGAGAUCGGGAUGUGGAGAAAGUUCAUCGACAGUCAACUAGAGGAUGAUGUUCGCGAAGUCUAUUUACCCUACGAGGACUUUCAUGUUUCCAAAAGCCCUGGACUAAGUCAAUAUAUUCCAUUCGUAAAACCUAAGUCUACUUCAAACCUGUACAGCAGUGAAAUGGCCGUACAUGCACCACGCCCAACUUUCAAGUCUUACACUCAAAAUCUGAGUAACCAAAAACGACUAUCCAAAAGCCUCUCGUCAAUAAACAACACCUUCAGAAGAAAUCUGCGUGGGGCAAACACCUGGAGACUAGACCCUGUUCCCCGGAAGUAUGACCAGGGAAACUUGUCAUUGUCUGCCAGGGAUGGGCUUUCAAAGUCCAGCGAACUCGUGACUUCCGUUUCCGGUUCUGGAAAUGAAGUGGAGAAAACACGAUCCUUUCCAACAUAUUUUGAGUCCUCUGUACCUUCUAGCACAGUUUCAAAAUCAUCAGGGUUUGGAAUAGAUUACUCCAAGUACGAGAAAUGCAUUCAAGAUACGGAAAAGGCUUUGGAGCUAUCUCCUUGUACCGGAAAAGACAAGGAAAGUAUUCUUUGCGAAAAGCAACACGGGCACUACCUAAGCAAGUGCAAACAGCAAACAAAUGAUCUCGUAAAUAAGUGCGAAAAGUUGAAUCAAAAGAUCCAGCAGCUAAAACCAAGAUUCGACCGCUGCGAACAGUUGUUGUCUGAAGACAUGGAGGUGUAUGAAAGUAUUCCAAAGCAAGACACAACUGGUAACGAAGUAAAUGGUAUCCCAAUGGCAUCGUCCAACGAACAACUUGAUUUUUCUGCAACACAUAUGGCCAUGGAAACUCCAAACCGAAAGUUCGCCAGCACUCCAUCCAAUGUGGAUUCUCAAUGGAGUGAACAGGCUCUCGAUUUUAUGAAUGGGUCCGUGGAUUCGGAUGACGAAGAAUCCAUUCUGGAAAGAAGAUUUGGCAAUUCUUUAAAGAAACUGCAUGCUGAGUGUGAUAGCUUGCGACUUAAAUGCAACCAAUCCAAAAGACAUCUACAGGAGGCGCGUAAACAGAUGCAUAGUUCAUCCUCCCAGCUAGACUUCCUAGAAAAUAUCCGCCAUGAGCCUCGCUUUGAAAACGAUGUGGUCGACAACGAAUUAAGUGAUAUUAAAUGGAAACAUGAUGUCAUGGAUGAAUCUUUCGAUUCGGCGUACCUUACCGUGACGAGUGGAAGGUCUACGGGAUAUAGUACAAGAAGCCGCCCGAACUCCUCCCGAUCUCCAUAUAACAGAGACAGCGCAGCACCCUUAGUCGCCAUGUCCACUCCCAGAAGACUACGGGGAGAAAUGUCUCCAUCAUAUUCGUCCCGGUCUCUGUACUCCCCUGGAUACGAUAGUGCACUGGAAGAUCCAGUGGAAGAUGACUACGUGCUAGCCAAGAAAACAACAAUACUGCGUCCACAAACAAAGGCUCCAAUUCUGAAGAGGUCAACAGUGGUUACAACACAUACCACUCCCAGAGAACUUUACAGCGCGCCCGCUUAUGAAGAUAAAACAGACAGUUUUGAAGAUGUUGAACUGGAGUUGGAAAACGAACACGGAGAAUUCCUGGAACAAUGCAAAUCUCAUUUUGUGGACAUUAAAUCAAAAAGUUAUAAACUUCGACAGGAAAUUCGACGUUUACGAAUCGAAAUGGGAUUACCAACAUUCCACAGCCAAGAGCGAAAGGUUUCUCCAGUUCCUAUCGCGAGAGAUGUACAGAAACAGUACAACUUACGGACACCCAGGCUUGAAACAAAAUCAGAAAAGUGGAACAAUUUGACAUCGCCAUACGCAAUGACUCCUACUAGAGCAGAAAGAUUUGACCCCUCAGAAGACGACGAAGAGGACUCUAGCAUCACUUCUUUUGAGAAAGAGUUGUCAGUUGCGGAGCAAAGUUAUGGAAAUUUUCUCUCAAACAUGAAAUCCAACUAUGACUCCUUGAAUGAGAGGAGCAGGCGCACAAAGCAGGAAAUACAUGAUGUUCGAAGACGUCUGCUUGAGCCGACGGUUUGUGACACUAUUACCUGUCGUGACGCAUACCGUCAUUCUUAUCCCAAAGCGGCCAUGGAGAUACACGGAUACUGAUGCCAGUAUACAAACCAAUAUUUGAUUUACUGAAAUACCAACGAAAAAAAACAGACAACAAAAUUUUUUAAGACAAACAUGAACCCAAAAACGAUAACCUUUAUUUUAUUGAAAUUUACUUGUUUUGACGAAAGUGUUGCAGUAGUUGGAGGCAUAUGAAACCAUGGUUUAAAGAUAAGACUUGGUAAUGGUUUUAAUUUUUUUUCUCCACAUUAAUUUAUAAAUACUUGUGUUAUUUUCGUAAACUGUGGGGAUUAUUUUUCGAUACAGUCCAUGACCCAAGUUCUUAUGGUUUUGACUUGUAUAUGUUUAUUUAUGUGCGUGUUUCCAAUUUAUUUUUCAUUUAAAUGGCUAUCUGAAUUUUCCUGAAAUAUGGCAUUUUUAUAAUAACAAAACUUGAGUGUUGUUUUUGAGUAUAGAUUAGUUAUAUUUUGUCCAGAGAGGUUUUCUAAUGUGAUUGUAUGUAAGAAUGCACAUUAAAAAUAAAGGUUAUGGAAAAUAUCUAA